AUGACCUUUCAACUUUCAACAUGGCGGAAAAAGGAGUGGUUCGGUAGUGGAAGAAAUAAAUGUGUUGCACCAACGGUGGACGACCCGUCAUUCCUAAAAGUGUAACACGUGUUUGAUGAAGACUGAGGUGGUGGAACUCCACAGAACUACCACGAUGUGAAGCUGAUUGGACUAUGAUCCAGAGGCAGGACAAACUGUCUCGAAAAGUGAUGCUGGUUCUACUGUAUCUCCUGGUGCUCCUCAUCCCUGGAGGCUCUCCUGCUGGAGAGUCUCAGCUGAUUGGUUCACCUGACCCCAUCGUUGCUGUAGCUGGUGAUUAUGUCAUCCUGCCGUGUUCCCUGGAACCUUCCAUCGAGUCCCUGACAGUGGAGUGGUCCAGACCUGACCUGAAACCUGCUUCUGUACAUUUCUACCGAGAUGGUCGUAACUUACAUAGUGGGAAGAAUCCGUCUUACAAAUACAGGACCAUGCUCUUUGAAGAUGAACUGGUCAGGGGCAACGUCUCCCUGAAACUCUUCAGAGUGAAGCUGGAGGAUGAGGGGAACUACACCUGCCUUGUUGUUAAGGAUGGGCAGGUUAAGAAGACUGUCAUCCAGCUCAGUGUCGUGGUGAUCUCUAAACCAGAGGUCACCAUCAUGGGACACAGCGGCACAGUGGUGGCUCUCCAGUGUGUGUCUGGAGGCUGGUACCCAGAACCUGAGCUGGAGUGGAGGGACAGUGAGGGACGCCUCCUCCCUGCUGAUGUCACACACAGACACCCUGACCCCGGCCCUCACCAACGCUACACUGUGACAAGAAACGUGACUGUACAGCAGACAGACACCAACAGGUUCACCUGCAGGGUUCAUCUGCAGGGACUCAACCAGACCAGGGAGACAGAGAUCCAUGUUCCUGGUGAUUUAUGGCAGCUGUGUCCAAAGCCUAAUAUAGCUGUUCCUGUCUCUGUUACUACGGGUGUCCUGUGUCUGGUCAUUGUGGUCAUCUGUGUAGCAGUAUACUACUUCCGCUCUCAGAUUAAACAUACAGCAGGCAGUAAAAGGGAAUGUGUUGGCCUUGAUGACCGAGACAGCGGAAAUGGAGAACAUCCACCAUGAGGAAUCGAUGACCCAAUGCUACCAGGGAGGAAGAUGACUCCAUGAUUCGUCCGGAGUCGGCUGAGCAGACGAAUCAGAAAUAGACGGUUUAUCAUCGUGGAUGCGAGUCAGGUGGCUGAGCGGUUAGGGAAUUGGGCUAUUAAUCAGAAGGUUGCCGGUUCGAUUCCCGGUUGUGAAAAAAUGACGGUGUCCUUGGGCAAGGCACUUCACCCUACUUGCCUCGGGAGAAUGUCCCUGUACUUACUGUAAGUCGCUCUGGAUAAGAGCGUCUGCUCUUAUGACUAAAUGUAAAUGUAAGUGUGCAUGCGCAUGGUUGCAAGUGCGUGCGUGACAGAGCUUUACAGUGCGAGUAUUUCACUUGCAUUUGCCCCUAAAAAUAUGUGCGAACCAGGAUUAUUUUUUACAGGCACAAUGUGCGACUAAAGAUUACAAACUACCGUAAUCUAUUUACCCCCCGUUUAAAACUACAAGUCCCACAUUUCACAGGCGGUAUGCGCCAACACCGUAGAGUUUUCUGUGACGAUGCAGUCCAGUCAGAGAGAAAAAGGUGAACAAAAUGUUUUCUCAAAAGGCCAGAAUUUGGCUUCACUUUUUUUUCGUUACUAUGUCCAUUGUUUUUGCUAUCAAGAUGUGAAGUUUAUUUCGGCUCCCUCCACUAGUGGGCAGCAUCAAUGCAUAAACUUCAUGUAGACAGACACCUCCAUCUCUCCUUCCUUCCUUUUUUCCUUCCUUCCUUACCUGCACAAUCUACCAUUUAGGGAUUAACUUUAUUUCCAUGCAGAAGUGAGUGAUUUGACAAAACUGUCUCAUUUAUUAUCUGCUAUGCGUAGGUGUUACAAUCAGAUAAGGACCGGUUUGGCAUGUUUGGCAUCUGCUAGCCCUGAAACACUUCCUACUGUGGCAAUAUCACACACACAUCAUUCAUGGGUUUUACAUGUUAUUGUAAUGUAUUCAUUUGGCACUUUUAUCCUGCCUGUCAUUGCCAGACCAGUUCCCAACUCCUCUGUUCAAGUCAGGUUCAAGUCUUUUAUUGUCAGGUGCACAAAUAUGGAAAAAUAGUUGACCACAGAACGUUGGGAAGCCCCAUUCAAGUGAAUGGAGCAUUCUACAGCAUUAAGAAGAGCCGUGUAAUAAUACAGUAUAAAUGCUGUCAAGAUAUGUGUCUUUAAACAGUGCGAGUGAUGUCACAAUGUUGUGUGUGUGUGUCAUGGGAGUGAGAUCACAAUGUUGUGUGUGUGUCAUGGGAGUGAUGUCACAAUGUUGUGUGUGUGUGUGUGUCAUUGGAGUGAUGUCACAAUGUUGUGUGUGUGUCAUGGGAGUGAUGUCACAAUGUUUUGUGUGUGUGUGUGUGUCAUUGGAGUGAUGUCACAAUGUUGUGUGUGUGUCAUGGGAGUGAUGUCACAAUGUUGUGUGUGUGUCAUGGGCAUGGGCACCGUAUAGGGGGGAAAAGUUAGGACGAUUCUAAGGGCCCCUGACUGACAGGGGCCCCAAAAAAUUGAAAAACUAAUAGAAAUGAUAAACUUGUUUAUUUAUUUUUUCAUGGGGCCCAAAAUUCCUGGCGGCGCCCCUGGUCAUGGGAGUGAUGUCACAAUGUUGUAUAUGUUAAGGCAGGGGUGUCCAAACUACGGCCCGCGGGCCAACUGCGCGGCCCGCAGCAAAUUAUAAAAAUAUAAUGGAAUAUGGCCCGCGCAUGAAACUUGCACUUGACUGAGUUGUAAUUCUUAGUUUCACCACUAGUGGAGCCACCCGUAUUUGUAUAAGACUCAUCAAUUUAGAAAGUGAGUGCAGAAAAUAUCAAACUGUAUUUUUUCCGUGCUAACAAAAUACAAGAGAAUGCUACCAUAGCCAGCUCAACUUAGAGCAAGACAUGGGAAACCUUUUUCAGAUGAUGACUUCAAUAAACAGCACCUCACUAAAGUAAUCUAAAUAAUGUGCCCGGAAAAGAUGCAAGAAAUCAACAACGUGAGCAUGUCCUUGCUAACUUAAAUCACCAAGUGUCACAUAAAGCUUGUGCUUUUGAUAUUUACUAUUUUUAGACAUGAAUCGAUUUUUACUAUUUUGAGAAUGUGCUGUUAACCCUUUUUGCAACAAAAUUAAUGAAAAUCCAUUAAUGGAAA